CGCGCCGAACCCAGUCCCCCGACGCCAGCCCAGGGCCGCGCGCUGCCGGGGCCGGCUCGGAGCCGGCCGAGGUCCCGGUCCCCCCGCCCCGGGGCUGAGCUGGGGCAUGCUCCAGCCCCCCCGGAGCCCAGGAGAGAACCCCGGAGCGCCGCCGCCCAGCCCUAGCGCCCCGAGCGGCCGAUCCGACGCCCCCUCCUCGCAGGCAGCCCCCCCUCGGGGGUCGGCGACCAAAGUGCGGGGUUCUGAGAAAAGAGCCAGCUUGGGAUCCCUAACUGGACUGUUCUGGACCCCCAAGGAAGGACCUAAGGCCUGAGCCAUCGCCUUUCUCCCUGCCUGCCCCCCAGGACUGGGCAAUUGCCAAAGGCCCUGGGGGGGGGGCCAGAACUGUGGUUGUGCCCCCCCCCCCAAACCUGGCAGGAUGGGCCCCAGUUAGUUUGCUCAGCCUCAUCCAGCCUCCUUCAGGAGCCCCAGGAGCUCUGAAGACCUGACCUGCUGCCUGCCCACCAUGGAGACCAAGCUGCCCCCUGCAAGCACCCCUACCAGCCCAUCCUCCCCAGGACUGUCUCCUGUGCCACCACCUGACAAGGUGGAUGGCUUCUCCCGCAGGUCCCUGCGCAGGGCCAGGCCCAGGCGUUCCCACAGCUCCUCUCAGUUCCGCUAUCAGAGCAACCAGCAAGAGCUCACGCCACUGCCCCUGCUCAAAGAUGUGCCAGCCUCUGAGCUGCAUGACCUGCUAAGCCGGAAACUGGCCCAGUGUGGGGUGAUGUUUGACUUCUUGGACUGUGUGGCUGACCUAAAGGGGAAAGAGGUGAAGCGGGCGGCCCUUAACGAGCUAGUGGAAUGUGUGGGGAGCACCCGGGGCGUCCUCAUUGAGCCUGUCUACCCGGACAUCAUCCGCAUGAUCUCAGUGAAUAUCUUCCGGACCCUGCCACCCAGUGAGAACCCUGAAUUUGACCCUGAAGAGGAUGAGCCCAACCUUGAGCCUUCUUGGCCACAUCUGCAGUUGGUAUAUGAAUUUUUCCUGCGUUUCCUGGAGAGCCCAGACUUCCAGCCUUCUGUGGCCAAGAGAUAUGUGGAUCAAAAGUUUGUCUUGAUGCUCUUGGAGCUGUUUGAUAGUGAAGACCCCCGAGAACGUGAGUACCUCAAGACCAUCUUACAUCGGGUCUAUGGCAAGUUCCUGGGUCUCCGAGCCUACAUCCGCAAACAGUGUAACCACAUCUUCCUCCGGUUCAUCUACGAGCUGGAGCACUUCAAUGGUGUGGCUGAGCUACUGGAGAUCUUAGGAAGCAUCAUCAAUGGCUUUGCAUUGCCCCUGAAGACUGAGCACAAGCAGUUCCUGGUUCGUGUCCUCAUCCCCUUGCAUUCCGUCAAGUCGCUGUCUGUCUUUCAUGCCCAGCUGGCAUACUGUGUGGUACAGUUCCUGGAGAAGGAUGCCACCCUGACAGAGCAUGUGAUCCGGGGACUGCUCAAAUAUUGGCCCAAAACCUGCACCCAGAAGGAGGUGAUGUUCCUGGGCGAGAUGGAAGAGAUUUUGGAUGUCAUUGAGCCCUCUCAGUUUGUGAAGAUCCAGGAGCCCCUCUUCAAGCAGGUGGCUCGCUGUGUCUCCAGUCCCCAUUUCCAGGUUGCAGAGCGGGCUCUGUAUUUCUGGAAUAACGAGUACAUCCUGAGCCUCAUUGAGGACAACUGCCACACUGUGCUGCCUGCUGUGUUUGGGACCCUCUAUCAAGUCUCCAAGGAGCACUGGAAUCAAACCAUCGUGUCUCUGAUUUACAAUGUGCUCAAGACCUUCAUGGAGAUGAAUGGGAAACUGUUCGAUGAGCUCACGGCCUCCUACAAGCUGGAGAAGCAGCAGGAGCAGCAGAAGGCCCGGGAGCGCCAAGAGCUAUGGCAAGGCUUGGAGGAGCUGCGGCUACGCCGGCUACAGGGGACCCAGGAAGCCAGGGAUGCCUCCCUCCCACGGCUAGCACCCCAGGUGGCCACCAGUGGGGGUCAGAGCUAGAGAGCCCCCCGGAAGGGGAGAAGCAAAGCCCAGAGCCAUCAGUCCCUCUAUUCCAUCUCCUGGCCAGGGUCCAGAGGGACACCUGCCUCCCCCUGGCCUUGCCAGAAUGGCUCUGAGGACGCCCUGCCGGCCCGCGUGGGCAGCUUUCAUUGGGGGAGACGAGAAGGCAAGAUGGUGGUCUCGGCAGCGGACCUUGCAGGCCCUGUGGCAAGACUUAAGCAGGGCGGCUUGACUGGGAAGCCAUCAGCACUCUUUCCCAGCCUGCAGCACUGGGCUCUGCAGGCAGGAUCCCACCCCGGUCCCUGCUGGAGCAAGGGUCCUCAGGACCUGGCCUGCCCCUGCCUGGGACUGAAGCCAGGUCCUUCCUCACCCCUACUGUGGGGCCCAUGGUCUAUUUAUUCUGCCCCGCUCACCCUCAGCAAGACACUGUCCUGGCCCUGGGGCACCUCCUUCCCUCCUCUCCCUUGCCCUGAACUUCCUUAUCCCCUUUUUAUUUAUUGGGCAGGGGGAGGGGUGAGGGCACAGGCAAGAAGAGGUGGACAAUGUCCUAGGGUCAGGGGUCACAGGAAUCAUGGUCUAUCUCCCUCCUCUGGUUGGGGGACAGACUUAAUAAAGAGAGACUUGAGA